CAUGAAAUCCUAAACAGCGUGAGAGUUAUGUUCGCAGUCUCCAGCUCUUUGCCUAGUGAUUAUGGAGUGGGACGAGUCCAUUCACUCGCUCUGGAACGGGACUUGCGCCCAGGCAGGAAAGAAGUAGACCCUCGGCGAGCGAGUGCCUCUGCCAUUCUGCCUCCAGGAGUGUUGCAUGUGUCCAAAAAUGAAGAUCAAGCUGCCACUCUGCAUCCUCCGGAAGAAUCCAAAGGAAAAACAGGGGAAGAAGGAUUUUGCACUGUCGCCUCCAUCCUCUGCCCCCGCUCCCCUCGAUCCUCGAUUACCCCUCACUUUGAGGCAAAGAAUUUCCAUCAUGAAAUCUUGGGAAGGCAUCUCGUGUGACUUGAUGCCCAUCGGGAUCUCCAUGUUAGUCAAGCUCUUCGAAGACCAUUGCGAUCUCCUGAACCUGUUCGAGAAAUUCCAAAGAUUGGAAGUCCAAGACGAGCAGGCGAAGAGGAUGGAACUGAAAGACCACGCCAGGAUUGCCAUCACCACUCUGGACAACGGGAUCAAGUCCUUAGACGACCUGGACGUGUACUUCCAGCACCUUCACACCGUCGGGGAGACUCACACUCGGAUACCGGGAUUCGAGAAGGAAAACUUCCACAAAAUCAAAGGACCAUUCCUGCGUGCGGUGCGAGAGACGCUGCAGGAGCGAUACACCCCGAACAUCGAAGCCAUCUACAGGGUCACCAUAGACUUCCUCAUCGAGACUCUCAUCGACGGAUACGAGAAUGGCCUCAAACGUCAACAGGAUGAUUUCAGUUCCUCGGGGGACUUUACUGAGGCCUUCUGAUGGACUUCUCUAUUAGCCCGCUCAAAGGAAUCAAUAAUUACAUACGG